GUAUUCUCGUGUCGCCAAGAAAACUGAUCCUGGGAACCAGCUGCCGCCUCCAGUUGCGUUCAAAGUCGUCGGAUCUAUACGUCGCGCGUGUAUAGUGGGGAAAACUUUAACCCUAAAUUUAUACAUAUCGCAUUUAUUUUAUCCUGCAGCUACCACGACAAAUUUUUCUGACAACAGUUUUUAUCCCGUGUAGAUAAGAAUUUGUUUUUUUCUUUCUUCAUUUCUACAUAAAUUUAUCUCCCAAACGACGAAGUGAAUUUUUCAAAAUUUACCGUCGAAUCAAUUUACAUGAUAAGUUAAUGUUUGUAUUUGAAAGUUUUUUUUUUUUCAAAUAAGUGUCAGAGUGACAUAAAUUUUCGGUUUACCGUUAUCAUAAGACCGUUUUAAUCGUACGUGUGCAGAAUAUUGCGCAAGUUCUUGACCAGUUAUCGGAAAGACUUGAUAGAAACCUGGAAUUGCAAUUUGGCAUUUUCGUAUUAGGCGUUGGAAAAAAAAUCAAGAGAUUUUGUUUCGUCGUAUUCCUUGUUAAUCUGUGAUGAAAAAAAAUGAAAAUUACAAAUGAUGGCGCCUGCACUUCUUUGAGAAUUCUCAAAUGGAAACACUUGAAAGCUGACGAGGACUACGAUUUCUGAACUGAAUUACAUCUCACCCAAAUUUAGUUGAUAGAAAUAAAAGCAUAUACGGGGUGUUUGAUUAUGUGUCGUUCGCUUCUUUCUUUCAUUUUGAUUUCGUUUGAUGAAUUCGUUUGAUCCUCGAGCGAUGUAUCGGAAAACUGAGGAGGCAGGAUCUUUUUCUCGUUUGUUUUGAACUCUGUAAUUCAUCUCAUUCGAUUUGGGUUUCUCGUGAUAUAUACUUUGCUAUGAAUUAUAUAUUCUUCGCGUGUGUUAUCAAACUAUUCUAUAAUGACAUGUAGCUCGCGUACGUAUAUACCUAUGACAUAUGAACUUACAUAUGUACAGGUGAAAACUUAGUUGUCGAAGUUAUUCGAUUAAAUUUCCAUCCGAUUUUGAGUCAAUCGCGAGAUGUUCGGUUAUCGCGAUAUAGUAGUACGUAUAUGUAUACCUGCGGUUUACGUCUAUCGACUCUAAUCUGUUAUUGACACGUAUGCAGCUGCAGUUUGCGAAGUUCGGAGUAUUGUGCGGAGCGCGAUAUCGAAUUAACGCCUUUCUAAAAAUUAUCCGAUGAACCCCCUUUAUUUUAAUCGCGUGAUAUUACAGCAAAUAGCCAAAUAAACUAGGCAAAAUGUUGUCCUGUCACGUUACUGCGGUUCAGUACGACUGGUCGAAAAAUAAACGACGAUUACCGCGGUUGGAUACCACCAACGGAAAUUUCCAACUUGACGUGAUUUCUGAUGGAAACAAUGUAAACGUUGAAGGUGCAACCCACAAACAAGUAGUUGAUUUGAUAAAGUCCGGGGGUGACGUUCUUACCCUGACGGUAAUCUCGGUCACUCCUCAGGAAGCUGAGCGACUGGAACCCAUAGAGGACUUAAGCUACGGAUCGGUCGACUACAGCGAAAAGAGAUCCUUGCCUAUCAGCGUACCGGACUAUCAUGUGCGAGAACGAAAACACGAGAGAUUUGUCGUCUUCAAUGUCCACAUGGCCGGCAGACAUUUGUGCUCAAGGCGGUAUCGAGAAUUCGCAGCACUUCACAUGGCUCUGAAAAAAGAAUUCAUCGGAUUCAAUUUCCCAAAACUACCGGGGAAAUGGCCCUUCCAGCUAAGCGAGCAGCAAUUGGACGGCAGGCGACGUGGUUUAGAACAGUAUUUGGAAAAGGUAUGCGCUGUACGUGUGAUAGCGGAAAGCGAUGCUAUGCAGGAGUUCCUGACGGAUAGGCUUGAGGAAGACGGUGACCAAGGCCCCGCCGUCGACCUCAAGGUACUUUUACCCGAUCGAGAAGUUGUCACGGUGACCGUAGCCAAGGCGGCAAGUGCGAGGGAUGUCUACGACGCGGUAUGCUGUAGAGUCGGACUCGACACCGAUACAGCAAAGUAUUUCUACCUAUUCGAAAUAGUCGAGUACAAUUUCGAACGAAAACUUCAACCUCACGAGCAUCCACAUACUUUGUACAUUCAAAAUUACUCGACAGCCAGUGCAACGUGCUUGGCAAUUCGAAGGUGGUUGUUCACACUGUCGAGACCAUUGAGCGAGCAAGCGCUGACUUGGAUCUUUUGGCAGGCGGUGGACGAGGUGAAUAGAGGACAUAUUAGUGCCGGGGAAAGAUUGUACCAAUUGAAAGCUCUUCAGGAUGCUUCGAGAAAGCAUGAGUAUUUGAAACUUGCGCGCGAAUUGAAUGGCUACGGGGAUGUCGUGUUUCCUCAUUGUGCAUGCGAUUCGCGUAAAGAAGGACAUGUAGUUGCAGCUGUUGGUGCAGCAGCGUUCAAAUUACAUGCGUGUAAAGAAGAUGGUAUCCUUGAAUCCCAGGUCGUGGAAUUCCAAUGGAAUUCCAUAGCGCGCUGGGGAGUUGAUGAGGAAAGCAUGGCAUUCUGUUUUCAGUAUACUCGACCGGACAACAGACCACCACGUUGGCUAAAAGUCUUCACGCCUUAUUAUACGUUCCUUUCUGACUGCUUCGAUCGAAUAGCGGAAGAGGCAAAGUGGAACGACCCUGGAGAAUGACGCAACGUCAGAGUCUAAAUGUUCCCUGUUGAUAAUAUUAGAUAAUGGAAAUCUUCGAAUCCUUGAAAGACAUGUAGGUAACAUGAAUACGAAUACCAGCCCCUCGAUUUACGUCGGCCUACGCCCCUGCAAAACUGCGGUGGGUAGAAUUUCACAGACUCAAGAAGUAUCAAUCGAGUAUUCGACAGGCUAUUCUGACAACCUUAGUAGGUCAAACGGAUGUGACCUGUUUUCAGAUCGCGGGUCCUUAGACGCUUUACCCAUAAGUAAUAAAGUAGCUGAUGGACUCGGUGUCGCAAUAUUUUUGUGUUUUUUGCUCCUUCUCAGGCUGAAUAUUUGUCUUCUGAAGCUUGAUCGUCGCAACCCCAGGUAAUUAAAACCUCCGAUAUGAUUUAUACUAUAGUCGUAUGGAAUACCUCUCCCCCUCGUAACGACCAAGUAUUUUAAUGUUCAGAAUUGUCGUUCUUGAGGCAUAAAAUAAUGAAUAAUGAACUGUAAAACGGGCGCUGGAUAACACCACUAUACCAAGAAAAAGUUAAAUAAAAAAAUACAGAAAAUAGUUAUUAAACGAAUGAAUGAGUAAAAUUACUAUACAAAUAAAUAAAUGAAUAAUUAAAUGAAUGAAGGAAUAAAUUAAAUGAUUAAUCGGAGAAAAAAAAAGUAAAUAAAUACUCUUUCCUAAUACAUAAUAAUAGUAAUAUUAUUGAUGGUAUUAAACAGAUUUUAGAUGCAAUGUAGUGAAUAUAUUCUAAAUUGUCGUUAAUGUUUUAAAACUUUAUUGAUAGUUGACACAGUGAGAUAAAUCUGUGUACGACAUAAUAAUUAUUAUUAAUUAUACCAAUUAGAUAAUAUUGAAUGUACCUUGUAAUCGGUUCGGAAUACCUAAUACCUGUUUGUUGAAUUAGAUAGGCCUUCAUUCGACGAAUUGGCCUGGAUCAAACAAAAUAAAUUUUUUAGAGUGUUACAAUCUAAAAAAUAUCUAUAUACACUAAAUUUUUAUUUCUAUCACCGCAUGUAUUCGCAUUUUUUGCGGCAGCCUAUAUCAUAAUAAGUUGGUAAAUUAUUGAAAAAAAAUUUACCUAUUUUCUAGCUGUUUCUUGAGCUCAUCUCAAUUGAUGACACGGCAAAUUACGAUCAUCUUGCAUCGUUGAUCACUGAUUUAUUAUCCAAUGAACUGGCACGGAAACUAUUGCGUUCGAACGAUGUCACUCGAUUCGAGUAUUCUCACGAUUAUUUGCAAUUGAUUCACUGACCUGACUGUAAAUAAGAUUAUAUCGAAUGCGAAAAAAAAUUAAAAACUCACGCGGUACAGAAAUACGGCGUGCGUGAAUUAUGUUGAAUAUAACGAGUAUAUGAAUACAUGAUUCGAAUUGGGUUGCUUUCAGAAUUCGUUUUUGUUCAUGGAUAAUUCGUUUGUCGGGAUCUAUAACCAGAAAAGAGAAAACUACGAUCACCUCGUAUUGUACUAUAAGAGAAUUUAGGUGUAAAUUUAUAGGCAGAUUUUGAACGCCUCAAUGAAUUCUAUAUGUAUUAGACAUAAAUCAAAGUGGUGUAACAAUGACGUACCUACGAAUACGAACAGAAGAUGAAAUUUUUCGUAGAUUUAGAAUAUUUCCUGCGGAUAAAAUUAUUGAUAUUAGUAUUGCCUGAAGUAGACGGCACUUACUGAAAAAUGAAUAAAAACUAUCGAUCAACACAACUAUAAACCGAAUAAGAAUCACCUGAAAUUCAUUCUGAAAUAUCUUUUUUCCUACGGUUUUUUUGUGAUUCAUUGUUGAAAUAUAUUCAUAUAUCUAUACUGAUUAAUUUACUCGUAUUACCGUUAGUAAGACCAUAUCAUUAUUAUUACAAUCUUGUAACUUCUAGACUAGUUAUAUUUGAUAAUAAUUAUUUAGCGAAUUGAUUUCUCGCCUUGACCGAGAGAUAUACCUACCUGUGUAUUCCAAUUGAAGGAAUUUUUGCAUCGUCUUUGAAAAAAUUCGUUUGCCCUUUAGUUUAUCAAUUAUUCCUUAUUAUUGUAAGGCUUUGUGGUGCUUAUUAAUUUACAACUUAUUAAGUUUCUUACUGUACCAACCAAUAUAAGAACGAACAAAUAAAUAAUUUAAAGCGAUUACAAAUCA